AUGUUAUUCUCUACUAGUAACCUUCUGGCUACUUUAGCAUUUACUCUUUUGGCUACUAUCGGUGCCCAAGCUGGAUUUAUCGAUAAACCUAGUGUGGUUACUUAUUGGGGUCAAAACUCUAGAGGUGGUCCUAAUACUCAAAAGCCUCUCUCACACUAUUGUGAUGAUAGUUCAGAUAUUAUUAUCAUGGCAUUUGUACUUGAUUUCCAUGAUGGAAGCCUUCCUUUACUUAAUCUGGCUAAUGCUUGUAAUGGACCCACUUUUCCAGGAACACAGCUUCUUGAUUGUCCCACUGUUGGUGAAGAUAUUAAAACUUGUCAAAGUCGAGGCAAAACUGUAUUGAUGUCUCUUGGUGGUGCAGCUGGUAUUUAUGGUUUUUCAAAUGAUGCUGAUGCUGAGGCUUUUGCUGAUACGCUUUGGAAUGUUUUUGGAGGAGGACAAAGCUCUACUCGUCCAUUUGGCGAUGCUGUCUUAGAUGGCUUUGAUCUUGAUAUUGAAGGCGGUGGACCUACUGGUUAUACUGCUUUGAUUAAAAGACUGCGUAAACAUUUUGCUAGUGAUGACUCAAAAAAUUAUUAUAUUACUGGUGCUCCUCAAUGUCCAUACCCUGAUGCUAUGUUGGGUGAGGCUUUAAAUUCAGCCUAUUUUGAUGCCGUUAAUGUUCAAUUCUAUAACAACUAUUGUUCUGCUACUGGUAGUAAUUUCAACUUUGAUACUUGGAAUACCUGGGCCAAGGAUGUGUCUCUUAAUAAGGAUGUUAAAAUUUUAAUGGGUAUUCCUGGUUCAAGACAAGCCGCAGGUAGUGGCUAUGUUCCCUACGAUACUCUUAAAUCUGUUGUUGAAGAUGUAUAUAAUACUUAUCCAAGCUUUGGUGGUGUCACAAUUUGGGAUGCUUCUGCUUCUUAUGGUAAUACAGAAGUUUAUCCAAGUUAUCAAGACGCUGUUGCCGACAUGAUCCACAAUCUUAAACCUAGCUCACAUCACAAAACUAAGACUACAACCUCAGCUAUGACUACAACUACAACUACAACUACUACCGCUAUUUCUACUUCUGUUUCUACCACAACUAAAAGCAAGCAUAAGACAACUAAGCAUAAGACAACUAAGCAUAAGAAGAGCAAGCAUAAGAAGAGCAAGCAUAAGAAGAGCAAGCAUAAGAAGAGCAAGCAUAAGAAGAGCAAGCAUGAGAAGAGCAAGCAUGAGAAGAGCAAGCAUAAGAAGGGCAAGCAUGAGAAGAGCAAGCAUAAGAAGGGCAAGCAUGAGAAGAGCAAACAUGAGAAGACUAAGCACGAAAAGACUAAGCAUAAGACUAAGCAUAAGACUGAAACAACUUUGUAUACCAGCACUACUACUGCAUCACCAACCCAAUAUACAACAACAACAACAACAACGACUAGCCCAUCUUCUACUGGAACAUCUUCAAGCCAUAGUACAUGUAUUAGAAAUGGUGAUCCUUGUUCUACUGAAGGUGAACUUGCUUGUUCUGGUGAUUCAUUUGCUACAUGUGAUCAUGGUGCCUGGGUUCUUCGUUCUUGUCCUCGUACUCUUACUUGUUUCUCCACAACGAAUGGUCUUUCUAUUUACUGUGGUCAAGGAACAAGUGGAAAUACAUGCUCUGUUGCAUCUCCUACAGAUAUUAUGUCACAGACUCUCAAUUCAAACAAUUUUGCUGAUAAUUUUAUCAACGAUGUUAAGAAGCAUCAUAGAAAGGGAAAGAGCUCCAAGAAGUCCAAGAACCUUGUUGGUCCAACUGCUAAACCUUAUAAAAAUGAACGUCUAAUUGCUGAAUUUUCUGUUGUUCAAGCUAAAAACGGACACUUUGAGGCUCUUAUUAAUGCUCGUCGUCUCGAACAAAAUUCUUUUGGCCAGAACGUUUUUGUUCAAUUUAAGGUCAACAAUAAGAUUAAGAUUACUAGUGUUAAACACGGUCAUGUCACUCAGAAUGGUAAUCAAGUUAAGAUCCGAUACUAUAAUGGUAACAAGGAAACUAUGGGAGCUAUUAUUAGUAUGGAAGGUACAUAUUCAACAGGUGUCUUCAUUGCGCCAAACGUGAAUAGCAUGAAAUUCUCUUAA